AUGGUAUUCGAUUCGCCAAAUGUGAACAUGCAUGCUGCGUGGGGUGCUGGUGAUAGGACUGCGGCUUCUAGUUCUGUGGGCAGCAUCAAUAUGCUCGGAUCUGAGGACUCUAGUAGCACUUCCGACGAAGGCGACCCAAUGGAUCCAGACGACAACGAUGACCCGAUGCUGAUGACUCCGCAAGCAAUGAAGAAUAACACGCCAUUUGGGGGAGCGCCCACGGGAAGCAAUCCUGGCGCCUGGCCACCCACCAUAUUCUCGCCUGGAGGGAUGCCUACGUUUAUGAGCAUACAACGAGCACGGUUGCGCAAAGGUCGGAGUCGGAAGAGUUCAAGCUCGGCAAGCGGACAUAGCUCCAUGGCGAGCCCGGGGCCAGCUUCUCCGCCGAAUGGGAGGGGCGAGGGCUAUUUCGCAAGGGAAGCGGUGAUACGGAAGGCGGGAUCGAGGCGUGAGAGCCUCUCGCUCUUUACCAACGACCUUCACAUCUCCUCGGGAAACGACAGCGGCGACGAGGCUGCAGCAAUGCCACAGACGCCCGGGGUCGUUCGCAGGCCUGUCACACGAAGAGGCAACUUACUACCAAAAUCGAGACAAUUUGGACGGAUCAAGGCUGAACUCCUCGAAGAAGCGGCACCCAUCGACAGCGAGGUCCGGCGCGAGGCCGAAAUCAUACGCCAGGUACGAGAGAGCGAUGACUUCGAGCGACCUUCAGUUACGGCGCAAUCGUCACCGACAUUGUUACCAGCUGUGCCUGGGUUGGAGGGGCCGCUGGAGGGCGUUCCGGAAGAAGAAAGUGAGAGCGGCAUGAGCAUGGACAGUUCAACGACGAGGGGUUUAUUCGGAGCAUUCAACAUUGGCGCUUCUAGAAACACUAAUGGAAGAGACUUUUGGCAACGCGAUGCUCCAGCGCAGACGCCACCACCACCUUCGUUCCCGCGCGCCGGGUCGUCUGCAAUUAGCGAAGACGUCAACAUGGAUUCUCCAACAGUGUCCUCGACCUCAGCUAACAAUAUAACUGCAUCCGAAAAUAACAAUCACUCUGGGUACAUAUCUCGGUCCUCCACACCACAGCCGCUCGCCCCGCCGACUGCAGCCGAUGCGCUGAAGAAAUCGAGCAAGCGCAGGCGGGAUGACGACCUUGACGGGCAUUCCAUCAAACGACGGGCUGUCUCUCCAGGUGUGAGCGUCCAGAACAGCCCGGUACUAUCACAAUCCCCGGCACAGCGUGACGGCAGCCUAUGGGGUACGGCCACGAAAGCGAACGGGCAGGGCUCUGGGGGCCAUGCUGCCGGUGAAAGAUCAAAUAGCGGAGGCAGUGUGAGUAUGACUCCUUCAUUGGGUCCUAAGAGGAUCGGUCUACAGGGCAUGACCGAUACCAGCGACGGCUUCAUGAAGAUGACAGCACUCUCCUCCUUCGUGGAGAGCGCUCCUCCAGGCGAGGUACCUAUUAGAUCUAUCCUCGGCGAUGACUCUGUUCAGAGCGAGCUUGCGCCGGCCUUCGAGAAAUACAACGAGGAGCAAUUCUCAACGACGAAGCUCCCCGGCGGCAGCGAAGAGGUUCUGGUCAGCUCGUACAACUCAUUAGGGGAUGGAAGAUAUUAUGAUGUGGAGAGUCAGAGCUCGUUCGCGUUCGACCAUGCAACACAGAAAGCGAGCGGCGUGCAGUCCUACGUGUUGGAGUCGAAUCACUCAGACCUUGUGAAGAGCCUCGUCAAGAGCCUAAGCACACACGCAACCGAACACUACCCCAAAUCCAGCCUCGGCGUCUACCCAACCGCCGACGACAGUCAACUCGCUAUCCUAACCGUCGCCUCCAAAUACUCGCCGUCCAACUUCUGGAACGGACGCUGGCGCUCCCACUACAUCUACACGCCUUCGUCAGGCACGCUAACCGGCGCCAUCAAGGUUGACGUGCAUUACUAUGAGGACGGUAACGUGCGGCUGCUCACAAACAAGGAUGUGAGCCUCAAGGUGGGAAGCAAUGCAGGUGCGGGCGAGAUUGUGAGGGCUAUCGCGACAGCGGAGAAGAAAUAUCAGGAGGAUUUGAAUAAGGCGUUCGGCAGCAUGAGUGAGGGAGCGUUCAAGGCGCUGAGGAGGCAACUGCCGAUUACGAGGCAGAAGCUUGAGUGGGAGAAGAUUAGUGGGUAUAGGUUGGGGCAGGAUAUUGGGGGUGGAAGGUCGAGAUGA